ACUCGGCCCAUCUCAGUCUCGCCCUCACCGUUCGCUCGUCCCUGUAUCACCUGUCUCCAUUCACUGCAAGGGGGUCAUAGAGGGCCUGCCCUACAGACUUCCAACCCCCUCCUCCUCCUCUUCCUCCUCUUCCUCCUCGUUGUCUGCUGUCUCCAUAGCAUAAAGAGGGCAGAGACCGAGACGAACCAUGAGCUACAGGUUGGGUCAGACCGCCAACUUCGUACUGCAGCUUCGAUCAGGCCGACAAUCGGAGGCGUGUGGCAGAGGUCGUGGCCCACCCACUGCAGUUGCAAGGGGAUUCGACCCAGUCUCGGGUUAUCUACACGAUUCGCAGUCGUCGGGAUCGGACCUGGUAUAGUGUUCUCCUUCUCGAGGUCUUGCCUCGUACCGGAGUCCCAAGCACAAACCUUUUAUGCCAGUCCCAAUCGGGGCAGACUCUCAAACUUUCAAAACAGCCGCAUGAAUAAAAUGUCCCGUUUAUCAUGGGCUUUUUCAGCAUCGUUUACUGUCGAAACGGCCGGUUGGCCGGUCGCUUGGCUGUGGCAUUUUCUGCAGAUUCACCCGACCAGAAUGGGCCGACAACAAGGCAGUCCCGUAGCCGCGAGCGUUGAACGCAGAAAUGUCGACUUUAUUGCGAUUGUGGAAGCGAGACGACCGACUUCAGGCUCGGGACUCGAGCUUGCGUCUGUGGUCAACACACUCACGAAGAACGACAGUCAAGCCGAGGUACACAAGACGAGUAAUUACCCGAGGCUCACGGCAACCACGGGUUGGGCUGACAUCGAUUUUAGGUCCAAUUCAGAUGAAAGGCCGGCAUUUGGUACGGGCGUGCCAAAAAUGCGAUACAAUUAUCAUUUUAAUUUGCUUCAUUUGGUUUGCAGACUUGCUGCGCUCUCAGAAGAAGCAAAGUGA